AUUUGGCAACAUGUGGUAGAACACAGAUCUGAUGUGAUCUGAUGAAAUACGGUGAUUGGAAAAGACUUGUGUAUGUAGUUGCAAAAUUAGCGCCCCAAAGCCGAAGCUAUCUUGGUAUUAAAAUUAAUUAAAUAAAAUGGGAUUCGUGAAAGUCGUUAAAAAUAAAUCCUAUUUCAAGAGGUUUCAAGUUAAAUUCAGAAGGCGACGUGAAGGAAGAACUGAUUACUAUGCCAGAGUUCGACUUGUUGUUCAAGACAAAAAUAAGUAUAACACUCCCAAAUACCGAAUGAUAGUUCGUUUUACGAACAAAGACAUUAUUUGUCAGAUAGCGUAUGCCAGAAUCGAAGGUGAUGUCAUUGUGUGUGCUGCCUAUGCACAUGAAUUGCCUCGUUAUGGCAUCAAGGUCGGGUUGACUAAUUAUGCAGCUGCAUAUUGUACUGGAUUAUUACUUGCUAGAAGAUUAUUGAGAGGUUUCAAAAUGGAUAGCAUCUAUGAAGGUGUUGUAGAACCUAAUGGUGAAGAUUUUACUGUUGAAGAUAUUGAAGGCCAACCAGGUGCAUUCCGUUGCUACCUGGAUGUUGGUCUUGCCCGAACUACUACUGGCGCAAGAGUUUUUGGAGCAAUGAAAGGUGCAGUUGAUGGUGGACUUGACAUUCCACACAGUAACAAACGAUUCCCUGGAUAUGAUGCUGAAAGUAAAGAAUUUAAUGCUGAAGUUCACCGCAAGCACAUUUUUGGACAGCACGUUUCUGAAUACAUGAGAAUGCUUAUGGAGGAAGAUGAGGAUGCCUACAAAAAGCAGUUUUCCCAAUACAUUAAAUUGGGCAUCACUCCUGAUGAUAUGGAGGAAAUGUAUAAAAAGGCUCAUGCUGCCAUCAGAGCCAACCCAGAACACAAGCCUCCUCCUGAAAAGAAGGUCGUCAAGAAACGAUGGAACCGUGCCAAGAUGAACCUUAAGGAAAGGAGAAACCGCAUUAAACAGAAAAAAGAAGCAGUUAUCAAAAAACUUGAUGCAGAAAAGGCGGAAUAGUUUUUGUACUUUGAAAGGGAAAAAAAUAAAUAUAAAUAAAUGGA